GAGCGGCUGCGCACUGCAGACUGGGCCGGUGCACGCACGGAGAGCUCCUAACACCAACCUCAAAAAGCCUGCCCUCUUCCUAUGCGCUUCCUCUGCAGCAUCCCACUGAUUGUUUGAUCGCUAGAUCAGCAGACAUCAUGAUGAAGAAUGAGAGUCUGUCUUUCCUUCCUAUACGCGUCUGAAACGUGAGUGAGUGAGGUGAGCUCUGACCGUCCUGAAUGCUUCUUGAAAUGAAAUGAUGUGCUUCAGUCAGAUGUGCUUUUAAUAUUUUCUCAGUUUAUUAUUACUGCAAGCUCUAGGGAUAACGUUUCUGUGAGCACCAUUUCAUGUUUUAUUUCUAAUGUUUGCACCUCUUUGUUUAAGGUGGGCCAUGCUCUUUCCAGAGCGUGGGGUGGUGGAGGAAUGGCUCUCAGAAUUCAAGACGUUACCUGAUGAUCUGAUCCCUGGCUAUACUUGCUGCCUACGUCUGAAGAAGGGUCUGGUACCUGCACUAUAUGCUGUUAUACAGGAGCAGCCCAGCAGUGAGCUUUUGGCUCCAGUGUGUCACCAGCUGUUUGAACUCUACCGAAGCACAGAGGUGGGACUACGCCGCUUCACACUGCAGUUCCUACCAGAGCUGAUCUGGGUGUACCUGCACCACGCUGCCAGCAGGGAGCGCCACCGCAAUGGCUGUGUAGAGGCUCUAUUGCUGGGCAUUUAUAACCUGGAGAUUGUGGACAGUAAUGGUAACAGCAAGCUUUUGUCCUUCACCAUACCCUCUCUCUCUAAACCUUCCAUAUACCAUGAGCCCUCCAGUCUGGGCUCUAUGGCUCUGACAGAAGGAGCGCUUAGCCAACACGACCUGAUCAGAGUGGUGUACAGCGGCCUGCUGCCCCAGAGAGAGACUUUUACUUCCCAAAACAGGUUUGAGGUGCUGUCUUUCCUCAUGCUCUGCUACAACUCUGCUGUGGUCUACAUGCCAGCUUCCUCCCAUCAGUCAGUCUGCAGAAUGAGCUCGCGACUGUGUGUAUGUGGUUACCCACGUCAGCAGCAGAAGUUGUGGAGAGAUUCGUGCAACCGUGUGCGUCUGGAUCCGGAGUUCAUGGUGCAGAUGCUGACUGCAGUUUAUCAUGCCAUCUACAAUGGCCAAUGGGAACUCGGAAGAGAAGCUUUGGAGGACAUCUUGUAUAGAGCGCAGCUAGAGCUAUAUGCCAAGCCAUUACUAGUAGCAAAUGCUAUGAGAUGUUCUCUGCCACCUCGACCACCGCAGGGCACACGGAAUCUUCUGGAGUUUGAAGCUACACCCACAAACAAACGCGUCUCUCAGACAGCCAUCACUGCUGCAUCCAUCCGCAGACUCCGCUGGAAACGAGAGGAUGCUGAUGGUGGGAGCUGCGGUGAGGACUCAUUUGACCCAGAUGAGGGCUUUUCCUCUGGGGCCUCCAGCAGUAGCCAGCCCAGCAGUAUGAAGAGGGACCGGGUUGCAGGAGUGCGUCUGUCCCGGAACCGAGCAGUGUCGCAGAAAGAGAAAACAUCUGUCGAGACCAGAGCUACUUUAUGCAUGCACCACCAACACCACCAGUCGCCUCCUCCAGCCAUCACACUCCGCACUGCUGAGAGCAGCAGAAGCCCCAGCCCCAGCAUGGCCAGGAGGUUCCUUGACCCACAUUACCUUCCCCCAUUCAUUGGUCCUCCAGCCCGAACUGCUAGCACAUCUUCCAGUAAAUCCUUGGACUGUACUGGUUUCAAUGGCUCGUCUGGUGCCACAGAUAGCUUGUCGUUUGGGAGCCUGAAUGCAGAUAGGGCUCACUGUUUGUCAGCUAUCAGCCUGCAGGAAAUGCAACUAAGGCAUGCAUCAAGAAGCCAAGAUCUGCUCUCGCCUGGAAGUCCAUUUUCCUCUUCAAGCCCACUGUCCAAACAGUCUCGCUCAUCCAGUUUUAAUAUGCAGAUUAUAUCACAAGUAUAGACAAAUCUGUGUGUCUCUCAGUGUGUGUGUGUGUGUGUGUGUGUGUGUGUGUGUGUGUGUGUGUGUGUGUGUGUAUUGACUGAAAUAUUGUGCAUGUGUAUGAGCAUGUCUUUGUAUAUAUUAUAUGGUUGUAGCAUAUGUGUGUAUGAGAAAGUGUGUAUGUGUGUGUGUGUGCAUGUUUGUGUACAUAAAGUGAAUAAUUUACAAUGACACCAUUAUGCAUUGGCAGUUUUUGCAGAAGAAAUAAGUGUUUUGCACUGUACUUCCCCUUGUGGACAUGUGAUCCAGAGGUGCAUAUAAUGUGCCAUAACAUAUCUGAAGAGGAAUACCAAUUCAAAAUCCUGCUGUAUCUUAACAAUAGUCUCAAGAACUGACAAUCAUAUGAAUUAAAUGAUGAGUGGCCUGACAAUGCAUGAGCCAAAGAAUCAAAUGUGUGAGACUUGAAGAGGUAAUAAAGAAGCUGCUUGAAUUUAAUUGCUGUAAAUGCUAUAGACUGAGCCUGCUUGUGUUGCCUGCGCUACUGAUCCAUCCAGUGCAACUGAAAUGUGCAGAGCCUCAAAGAAUUCACGGAAAAGCUACAUUGUGUAAUAAACGAUAUAGAUUAUAUCCAUUGAAGCAAGUUUAUAUCUCACAAAUGUGUACAUUUAUGUAAAUGAAUAUUGUAAGAUAGGAAGAGUUAUAUCCUGUGAGAAUAUCUCUAUAUUGGUUGUACAGAGUUCAAGAUUUAUCUGUUCGAUGGUGAAUAAAAACAUUGUGGCGA